AUGGCGGUCUCGAUGUACGAUGUAAGCGCGACGAAACCGUUACCGGCCAGUGAUUCUAGGGACGAUAGAUUUCACAUGUUUGACGGAGAGCCUACGGUAAAAAGCCCAAAUGGAAAUACGCUGUCCAAGACCGGCGGUCACGGAGCCGAUGGGCUGUGUAAUGCCGCCGGGGGAUUACUGGCCACGUUUUAUCCAGCCCACGAGGAACCGUACAACGGCACUACCGGAAAGCUAUAUGAUGAUUCGGCUCAAUCGCGCAUCCCACGCUUCGACAGUGUCGGCAGCCGGAUUCCGGUGCCCGGCACCUUCCGGUUACCCGCCGCUUCCCGUCUGUCGGCCAUCAAACGGCCCGUCCCGUCGACGCCAAUCAGCUUCCUAAGGCCACCGGCCCGCACCGCGGCGACCGUUGCUCGGUCGUACUCCGGUGAUAAGCUGUCGGGUAUCGGUGGUGCGCCAAGCCCGUUUCCAGUGUUGACCGCUUCGUCCACACCGGCCCCCGGACCUCGGGCGACGUCGGUGGCGGCACCGUUUCUCCGGAAGCUCGACGCAGUGGAAGCCACCGCUACCGACGUUGGGUCUUCUAGUGAGCGGCUGGAGGACAUUAAGCUGUGUCAACGAGAAUUUGGUCUCCCGAGUGACGACGAUGAAGAUCAUGACGACGGGCAGCAGCGGAAGCAGAAUCGGGCCGACGAAGACGACGAGUACCGGGUACGGGCGGAAACAACGAUCCUCGCCGACUCGGAGCCCGCGGUUCAGAUGCUGGUAGACGAGUCGCUCGAGCUGGUCGGUGCCCACAGUACCGACAACCUGUUGGAUCCUCCGGCGACGGUAGCCCCGACGGCUGGCGGAGGUCAGCAACAGUACAUCAACCCACACGAGCACACGGUGACGCUGCUGCGCGAUGGUAACGUGACGUACGAGAUCCGACGGAGCGCAACGUUCCUGAAGUCGUCGCAUGAAUCCCUCAACGGUUCUGGGCCGGAGCGAGCACGACGGCCCGUUAUGGACAGUACCCAGAGCUACCCACACGCUGGUGGGCUGACCUUCCGGAGGGAGAGCACCGCCAGCAUCGAUUCACCGUUGCUACUGGAUCUGACAAGAACGAUGGCGUUGCGUCGGAGACCAUCCACAGGAGAGCUGCUCACGGACGAUGAUGAGGAUGGGUGCGGACUCAGGCGUACCCGACGUCCGGGUGUCCUCAACUCGACGAUGGUGCACGAGCGCUUGCUAAACGUUACGCAGAGCAUUCCAGACAUCACGCAGGAGUUGGCCACGGCCGGUCGGUUGGGGUCUCCCUUUUUGGUGCAGGUUCAGGACCAGAACGGGCUGGGUCGAGCCAAGAAACCGAACCGGCUAACGUUCUCCAACGCCGACGAGUCGCUGAAGUUGAUGUACUUUUCGGACAUCACCGAGGGUCCGAGGAUGGGGACCAUGGGACCCCUGAACUCUACCAUGCACGGCGGCACGGCGGACUCGCAGACCAUUGCCCCCGCCAGUAGUGGACCUUCCGUGAGAGAGUCGGAACUAUCACCGGGUAGAUCGAUGCUGCUACAGGACACACUCGGCUCCCAGGAUCAGACUCUGGUCGCGAUGGACUUUGACGGUGAAGCGGGAGGUGAGGACGAGUAUGCGGCUGAUAGGCGCCGGUUGAACGAGAAGCUGGAACUGGCGGGCGACACGGCGAGCGUCGGUGACGUGAGUGCCGGGAAGGAGAUUUUUGAUCUCAGUCUCGACGAACCUCCGACCACACCGGACGAGGUGGAGCCGGACGUGGUGGUGCUGCGGCGUCGGUCGUCAGCUUCGACGGCCGCUGCCGCGAUCGUUCCUCCCCGGCAGCGCUACUCCUUCGGGCUCGAUCUCACCGAAUGCACGCUCGACUGCUCGAUCGAGCUGUGUGAUUCUUCACUGUCCCCAACGAAACCUCCACCGCCCUGCCCUGCGGUGGCCGGUGGUCCACAUCUGAAGUCGCCCACUUCCUCCCUGUGCCACGCCGGUAGCCUCACCAACCAGGGUUCGUUCGAGAUGGACGAAAGCCUGGGCAUUCUGACGCCGGACCAGAUGAAGGAGUUCCUUGACUCGACCACCACCAACACGACCAACAACACGGGCGGCAACGGGCUGGAGCUGCACCUGAACACGGGGGCAACCGGGGGCACGGGAUCUGGAAUGAUGAUGCACCACCACAAGCACGGUGCGCUGCAGCACCACUGCCGCAUCGAUCAGACACCGUCGCCGGAGGAACUUCCGCUCGAUCCGGUUGGCGUGAAGACGGACAUGUCCGGCAUCCUGCUGCCGGCGGAGUUGCUCCUAAUGUCCUCGGCGAGCGGGGUCACUGGCGGUGGAGUUGGAGGUGUAGCCGGUGGUGGCAGUGCCGGACGCAGCACGGCCCAGGGCGAGGUAUCGCAGACCUCGGACUCGGACCCCAAGACGGACCAGAUGACCAAGUCGGGCACUUCGUCGAAGGUCUCGAACAGCUUCAUCACCAGCAUCACGAGCAUCACGAGCCUCGAUACGGGUUACCAGGGUGACGGCGAGAUGUCGAGGCCGGCCAGCCGCGGUGCGGACCACUCACCCUCGAAUGGGCCGCGCCGGGACGUUCCGGUGGCGAAGGGUGCCGCCGGUGGCUGGCAGCCACUGAUGGUGGCCGCCAUUGCCGUCGUGCCCCGGCGCCAGGAUCCGAUGACGGACUCGGACUUCUUCACCGAGAGCGACGCGGACGAUGUGUUCAAUCGGGGCGAUGCACGCCGGGCGCAGAUUAUCGACGGGCAGCUGUACGGUGCCGGUGCCGGAAGUGGUGCCGGAACGGGAGCAGCCGGUGGUGGCGUCUCCGCCGCCGUCGGAGCAGCGAUCCCCGGUGGUGCGAAUGUCGCCAUCUUUCCGGACGUACUCCCGGGGCUGGGUGGAGCCGGCGGAGGUCCGGUCGGAGAUGGUCCGAACGGGGGACCGAACGGUGGAGGUGACGAUUCGUGCAUGGAAUCGAGCGGCAUUUUUACGGACGUCGAAAACCGAGCCGACGAUGAUCUUGUUCAGCGCCGCGCGGACGAUCAACUGGGUCGGCGGGCGGUCGACGGCGGCGGUGGCGAGGAGACCGAAAUGGAUCUUAGUCCGGCUGACACAUCGAGUGACACGAUCAGCAGCAGCAACAGCCAGAACUUUGGCGAUCGUGGAGCAACAACAACAACGGCACCGGGCGGCUCCAUCUUGUGCGGUGAGGUGAUGAACAGCAGCGCCACGAGCGGCGCUGAGCCGAACGCGCCUAACCCGAACGGCGGCGACGACGCACACUGCGAUGGCGAGCCUGGUGUUGGUGAAGCCGCCGGCGAAGCCUCCUGCGUCGCUACGACGAUCGAUGGCGGUAUCGCGCGUCGCUCCGAUGGCGGGAGCGGCAGUUUGACAGUUCGCUCCACACCGGCCAGUAGCACCAAACGGGGGGCCUCGUGCGGCACUAGCUCGAAUCGAAAACAAACCAAACCGGAGUCGGUGGGUCGCGCCGCGUUCGUUCGGAAACAUGCGGUCGGCAUGAUGUCGGAAGUUCGUCGCGUCGAGCGGCUCAGUAAGGCGCGCCUGUUUCAGGACUCCGAAGGAUCACGGGACGGAGUGCCGUUAGAGGAUGAUGCCGCCGGCGGCGCUAGUGUUGGUGGUGACUGCGGUGGUGAUCAAGAAAACAAACGGCCACCGGCCGGAUCGCGGCAGAGUGCGAGUGGUGUGGUCCGUGGCGCGGUGAAUUUGAGUUUUGUGAAGAAAUCGGGCACCGGUGGUGGUGCGGGUGGUGGUGCAGGAGGUAUGCCCAACAAGUGGGACGCGGUGAUGAGCAAGAUUGCGGAGAACAAAAAGUCCGUGCCGCGGAAGUGUUUCGGCGAGGUGAAGUCACGCGUAAACUGUGGCACGGUAGGCGGUGGCAGCGGACGUCUGACACGGGUGGUGGCCCCCCCGGGGGGCAGCCGAAGCCCUCCGUCGGAGGCGGCCAGCAUCACGAGCCGCGGUUCCACGGUCAGCAAGCGGACGGUAUCGGGAUCGGUUAAGAGGGGCCGCACACAAAGCAAGGACAGCCAGCAGAGCUCGCAGAGCGAUCUCAGCCUGUCUGGGGGCUCGCCGAAGCUGACGCCGAAAGUGUCCAGCACGCGACCGGCCAAAAAGCGAGAUGUGCGCACAAUCAAUUCUUCAUCCAGCGACCUGGGCCCGCCACCGUCCAAGACGAACGGAACACAGACGGUGCGCAGCAGCGCAGCUCGAGUGGCGGCGGUUUUGCAGAAACGUAUAUCGCCCAACCUGACGAGCAGCGCUUCAAUUCCGCUGGUUCCGGAGCAACUGAAGGCAUCACCGCCGACGAAGCGGAAUCUGCUGCUAAAGCGGAGCGGCACGGCAAAGAACUUAUUGAACAGACUAGAGAGAGGCAAACUCGCGGCCCACAUUAUUAAGGAUGGCAACAAGGAAAACAGCAUCGCUGGAGGAGGUGAUCAUAACCGUCUGGUUGGUGCGUCGCCAGCAACAACGAAAUCGGCCGCAACCGUCGCCCCGACCCAUUCGCCGAAACCCGCGACAAAGUCCCUAAUCCGUGCCACCGUCAGUAGCAACACGGCGACGGCAAACCAUCCGCAAGCGGCGCAACACAACCACGCGGCCGGCAGCAAUGGCGUAUCGUCGACGACGACGACGACGGUGAAAGCCAUCCAGCGGAAUGGGACUAUAAUUUUGGACAAAUCCAGCACGCCGCUCCUGAUUGGCGAUGGCACACCGGAAGCCCCGAUGGCCGGCGCCGGUGGAAAGAAAAAUGGACCGACGACCACCGGAGGCGAGCAGCAGCAGCAGCCGGCGGCCAACGGCGGUGGAGAACCGAACUGUGAUCAUCGUCGGGAUCGCGCGGCGAUCCGGUCGGACCGGGAGCCGGCGCAACCUUCAUCCGUCGCCGCCGCCGGGGGCCCGAAGCUGGUCGACGCCAGUCUGCUCAACCAUGCCCAGAAGGGCGUGGAAGCGUUGGGUGUUUUAGUACAAUACUUAGUUUUUAAUUUGGAUGCCUUCUCCUGUCCCACGAUCAAGACGGCACACCAGAAGACCACACACGAUCUGCUGGAAACGAAAACCAUGCUCGACGAUGCGCGCACCGACGGCCAAACGCUGAAGCAACAGUUGCUGGAGACGACGGCACGCGAAACAGAGCUGCAGGAGUUGCAUCGUUGCGAGUUGAGUAGAGUGGAAAGCUGCCUAACGGAGCAACAGCACAAUGCCGACGAUCGAAUCGCGGCACUCGAGGUUCAACUGCACGAGAAGGAGUCACGAGUCCGGGAGUUGCUGGCACGCAUCGAUGACUACCAGACGAAGCUGGCUUCUCAGGCCGAAAGUGCUCGACUCCGCGAGCUUGAUCUGCUGCAGCGAAUCAACGCCCUGAGCUGUACCGAGAACGAGCUGCGCGACAAGGUGCACUCCAGCGAGCUGGCCUUUAGCGAGCGGUUGCAGGCGGCGGCCAUGCGCGAAAGGGAUCUGAUCGAGCAGGUGAACACCCUUACGCGCGAUCAGGAGCGAACGAGGCGCGAAACCGAGCAGAAGGAGCGCGAGCUUGAGGAAAAACUGUCCAUCACGAAGGACGAGUGCGUGGUACUGCGACAGUCGCGUAACAGCUUCGCCGCGAUGGAUGUCUCUGCCACGGGGGUCGCUGCUUCACCCCAAGCGAUUAACAUUCCGCUGCAGCUGAACCGUUCCUCUGGCAACAUCAACCAUUUGCAGGUGCUGCAGGACGAGGUGGAAAGUUUGCGGUGCGUGUUGGACCUGAAGCAGCGUGAAAUCUCCGAACUGCGCAAACAAACGCAGCAGUACGAGCGGGAUGCGAAGGAUCUGCCGGGGGCGCUGGUGAAGAUUUCGGGCCUCGAGUCGCGCAUCGAAGAUCUGCAGGUGCAGCUGAAAACCAAAACGGAGGAGGAAAAGGAGCUGCAACAAAAGCUGAAACAUUUGCAGGACAACCUGUGCCAGGAGAGCAAAAUCAAAACGCGGCUCUCGCUGCACAACGAGGAGCUCCAGUGGCGGUUGAAGCAGAACUCGGAGAAGUUUACCCUCGCGUACGCCGAGCUGUCGAAGAGUUACCACGAAAACUCGAGCUGCAUGAUGCUGAACACAUCCAAGUCGAGCCUGGACCACAGUGCGCCGGCCACAGCCGGUGGUGGUGGCGGCCAACAGCAGCACGCCUCAUCGGCCCAUCAACUGAGCCACACGACGUCCCGCUCGAGCUGCUCGGAUCGGUUCUUCGAUAUGGACGACAUUUCGCCGCCAACGUCCCCGGUCAUCAAGGGCAUGGUGGAGAAGAGUGACUCCGUUUCGUGGGUGCUCGAAAUCGACGACGAACCGCCGGAGGUGUCCGCCUCGCGAAUGGUGCGUCGUGCUGGGUCCUUUCGCUCCAGUGCCGCCUACACCGAAUCGGUAGCGAAGCGGCCCAAAUGUACCGCUCUCAGUCAGUCAAACGGCUGCGGUGCUGGUAUUCAACAGUCGACUUCGGCCACUUCGAUUCUCCGGCAACACUCGAGCGAUAUGUCACCGACUAAGCCGGCCGGCGGUGGGAUCUGUAGCCCCGUAUCGGCCGUCAGCCAGCGGUUGCGCUCGAAGUCGGUUAGCAUUAAGGCGGUGGAACCGCCGAAAAAGAUUGUCCGCUCGAACUCGGGUGCAUCGACAACGGUGGCUUUGAGCGCGCCGAAACCGGUGCGCAUGCCGCACGAAUUGGCCGGCUCGUCGUGGAAGGAGCAACCCCUGUACAGUAGCUCACCGUACGCGCACAAGCGCUACCUGUCCGAGGACAACGAACUGCUGGUGGCCGGCACGAGCAAGCAAUCGUUCGGGGAGCAGCAACCUCACCAGCGAACGAAAGAUCUUUUUCUCGAAGAAACCGAACUGCUGAGCGAACCGGAGAGCCCGUUCGCCACCCGACGGCGGCCCCAGUCACCGAUGGGCGGCGGCGGCGGGCAGACGUCGUGCGUCGUCGACAUGCCGGUGGAAGUGUUCCAUCGUGAUAAAACGCCAAACUUUAAGAAGAGCAAAGAAAAUCGGGGACUCAUCACGUGCGAUACGACCGCUUUGACCGGUUCGCCAAAGCUCAGCAACGGUGGCGCUGGAACGGCGACGGCUCGGGAGAAGCGAAGAGAAUUUACGCGAAAGUCCAACGGGAGUGCCGCCACCACCAAUGGGAGCUGCACCGGUCGCCCUCUGGAGGCGGCCGGUGAAGCUCUAGUUUCGGGUGCAAACUCCGACGAUGAGGCAUCAUCAUCCGCUUCCGUGAGCUCCUCGUCAUCCAGCUCCUCGGCAUCAUCUUCCUCUUCGUCGUCGUGUUUGCUGUCCGAAGAAGGAAGUCUGUCGUGUGGGAGCAGCGAUGGCCGCAGCCCGGUACAUGCAACGCUCCCGAGUGGAUCGAUAAGCGGUAAGCGGAGCAGCGAAAGGAUGCACGGUGACAUGGAGGGCAUGGGCGAGGGAAAAGUACCGAAGGAGCACCGUCAUCACCACCGCCACCAUCGGCGGCGCCAUUCGAACGUCUCGCUGGAGGACGCUCUGAUGAAGAAGAUCGUGGCGAGUCUGAACGGGACGGGUGAUGCGGGAAGCGCCAACGGGGACGGUGGCGAGGGGAACGACACUCCGAUGGAGGUUAGCUGGUCUGAGGACGGAGACCCGGGCUCGGAAUCGAUCGUAUGACACGACGACGACAGUUUCUAGGUUCACCAACCGAGAUGCCGCCGGUCGCCGAGACAAAUAUUGUAGCGGGACGA